CUCAUCUCGUCGUCGUCUUCGCCGCCGCCGACGCCGCACCCAAAACCCUCGCAAAACCGCAGCGAAAAUGCGCGCCCUCCUGCCGCGGCUGCCGCGGCGGCAGCGGCGGCCGGGGCCGGAGCUGCGCGUCCCGGCGAGGGGGCUCCUGGAGGCGCGGGUGCCGUGGGUGCGGGACCGGGCGCUGGACCACGUGGUGGAGCGGGAGCGCCACCUGGUGCCGUUCCUGCUCGCCAAGGACGCGCUCCUCUCGGCGGCGCCGCCGCCGCACGCCGUGCCGCUCCACUCGCUGCCGUCCACCAUCCCGUUCCCGUUCCGCCCGCUCCGCUUCCUCCGGCUCUACACGUCCGCCUUCGCGCUCUCGCCGCACCCCGUCGCCGUCUCCCCGACGCCCCGCCUCGCGGGGAUCCACUCCGCGGAGGCGCAGGUGCUCGACUCCACCCGCGCCGACGCCGCCGACCGCCUCCUGCGCCUCCUCAUGCUGGCCCCGGCCCGCGCGCUCCCGCUCCACCUCGUCGCCCGCCUCCGCCUCGACCUCGGCCUCGCCCCCGACUUCCCCCGGUCGCUCCUCCCCAACUACCCGGACUACUUCGCGCUCUCCCGCGACGGCGCCCUCCUCGAGCUCGUCUGCUACCGGAAGGACCUUGCCGUGUCGGCAAUGCAGUCCUACGCGCAGCGCACCGGCGGGUACAAGGUCGGCGACGCGGUCCCCUUCCCGCUCUCGUUCCCGCGAGGGUUCGAGCUCGACAAGAAGGUGCGCAAGUGGCUCGACGACUGGCAGAGGCUGCCAUACAUCUCGCCGUACGAGGACGGCUCACACCUGACACCGAGGAGCGACAUCACGGAGAAGAGGACCGCGGCGGUGCUGCACGAGGUGCUGAGCCUCACCGUGGGGAAGAAGAUGGAGAAGGAGGUGCUGGUGAAGCUCGGCGAGGCCCUGCGGCUGCCGCCGGGGUUCAGGAAGGUGUUGGCGAGGCACCCGGGGAUCUUCUACUUAUCUCACAAGCUGAGGACGCAGACGGUGGUGCUCCGGGAGUCAUUCCGGCGGCAUAUGCUGGUCGACAAGCACCCGAUGAUGGGGAUAAGGUAUCAGUACCUGCAUUUGAUGCAUAUGGGGCAGGAGGAGGCCGGGAAGCGCAAGGGCAAGGGUCGGAAGACAGUUCGCGGCGAGCAGAUGAUAGGGGAGGAGUUUGGUGCGGAGGGCGAGAAUGACGAUGAAGAAGACGAAGAGUAUGAUGAUGAUGAGGAGGAAGACAUGGAAGCUGGUGUUGCUUCUGGAGAUGAGGACAGCGAUGAUGAUGAUGAUGAUGAGGAAGGUGAGAAGGAAGAUAUGGAAGCUGGUGUUGCUUCUAGAGAUGAGGACAGUGAUGAUGAGGAUGCGGAUGAUACCGAUCACGCCGCAAAGGGAUAGAGGUACCAAGCACAGGUCGAAGUUGGCGCUUGCAUUCGAAUUGGUCAUCAAGAUGAUUUUGGUGGCAGUCUAUCAACUCCAUGAAUAAUCACAGGUUGAAAUUGGAGCUUGUGUUGCAAAUGGGCUUCAAGAUGAUUUCGCUGACAGUCUGUCGCUCCAUGAACACACAGGGAACAGUGAGCAACAGAAUGUACAAUCAAGUAAUCAACUACCAUGGUAGGCAGAAAUCCUGUUUAAGAGGAUUGAAUGUUUGACUGCACUAUCAAGCAGUUGAUAGUUGAGUGCAAACAUUCUUGUAUUACCUGGAUUCACUUCAGUUUUGUUUUUCCAUACAUGCCUUAGUUUGUUAAGUAUUGUAAUCUUAUAAUAGCCUGAAUACAUGAAGCUGGCUCAUUUAUUUUCCGUUCAGUUUACUGAUAAGCUGGUGAGUUCAAGUAAAAUGGGCUUCCUCAUUUAUAUUCUA